GCAUCAAGAUGGCCACCUGAGUGCCUCUGUCUAUCUGCUCGGCUGUCAUGAGGCGGCGGGGCCAACUGGUCCUCCUCGCCUCGUGCUCUCCAACUUCUCCCGUUCAACUUUUGCUCCAGAGUUGUGUGCACGUAGCUGAGUUACGUCACUGGCCAUUUCGACCAACUCCGGGCAGUGUAGGAGGGAGUGCGAUGGGAGCUAUAGGCGAUGUCCCGACCGGCAGUAGGCAACAGGCGUAUGCGUAAUGCGCUCUAGUGUGUAGCCGAGGAUACAUCUAAGCAGAAUGCGUACCAGGCUAUUUGUAAUGCUUUGACAUUUUGGUCAAAAAGUAUGGCGGAAAAAGUAACGUAUGCUGAUUUGCAGCGUAGUAUGCGCGUGGAAUACGCGCACUGACUGCUGCAUUGCCGAUGGUUUUCUUUUCAGAGAAACAUGAGGAAGAAGCAGAACAUGAAGCACCGGCGAGCGGAGGAGACGACAGUCGUGCAGGAGUUCGUGGUGGAAAAGAUCGUCCAGCAGCGCGUGAUGAACGGAAAAGUGGAGUACUUCCUCAAGUGGAAAGGCUUCACCGAUGCGGAGAACACGUGGGAGCCGGAGGAUAACCUGGACUGCCCCGAGCUGAUCGAGGAGUUCCUGAGGGGCCGAUCUCUGUCCAGGAGCACCGCCGAGGAAGGGGAGGGGCAGGGGGGGCUCCUCACGGACUUCCACAUCCAGCCCAAAGAGGAGGAGGAGGAGAUGGACACACACAGGCGUCCGCUGUGCCUUGGCGAAGCUCCGGAACCGCUCCAGGAGACAACUGCUGUUCCUGGGACCUUCAUGGGCCACAUAGAACCGGAGUGCAUCAUCGGGUCCACCGACCACCACGGGGAACUCACGUUCCUCAUCAAAUGGAAGGACAGUGAGGAGGUGGCGUUGAUGUCCGCAAGGGAGGCCAGUGAGCGGAACCCCCAGAUGGUCAUCGCCUUCUACGAGGAGCGGUUUAGGUUCUCCGCAGACGAGGAGCCGCAGGCUGAGAGAGAGAGACAGAUGGUCUAGUCAGUCGUUAAGCUGCCUGCACACUGCUUUAACAAACACCAACAAACACCAACACACAAAUACACACAAAUACACACAACAACUUUAGGUGUAUACAUUUGCAUAAUUGUUACUCUAUUUAGCCAGUCCGUCCACAUUAAGAUGGCGUAUUCCUACACUGAAAAUAAAAAUGAUCUCUGAGGUGAUACAUUUGAAAACGUGGGGUUCUAGUUGCAGUGUGUACAGGGGGAACAGAGAGCAUUAUAUAUGAUAGUGCACGCUUGCCAUGACUCUGAUAGAAUGUUGGGUUCCACACACCACCAACCACAAAGAGUUCUAUUGAGUUUCAGUGAUCUAGUGUGGAUGCAAAACCUUACAAAACGAUACAAAAAGGAUAUUGUGAACAGAUUGUUUUCACCUCAAAUAUGCGUAUUUUUAUUUACCCAACUUAUUGUGGACGCAGCCUUGGAAUGUUGGUGUUUGUUGGGCAUUGUCUGGGCAGUGUGCAAUCACCUUAAGACUGAGAGAGAGAUGGAGGGAGGGAGG